GGCGUGCGCGCCCUCGCUCUCUCCCUCAGUAGCGCGGUGCAGAGGUAGCAGGAGCAGCGCGGGCGGCGGGGCCGAGUCGGCUUGAGGCGGCCAUUCCUAAAGCGAGGAACGCGGCGCACUGAGUUCCCUCCCCCUCCCCUAGGCCAACUCACGCACACGAGAUGCCCUCGGCUACCAACAGCACAAUGGCGAGCAGCAGCGGGAAAGCGGGGCCGGGCAGUGAGGCUGCCCCGGCGGCAGCGGCGGCAGCCCCCCCGCAGGCAGCGAGUGGCGGCAGCAUCACCUCGGUGCAAACCGAAGCUAUGAAGCAGAUCCUGGGAGUGAUCGACAAAAAGCUGCGCAACCUGGAGAAGAAAAAGAGCAAGCUUGAUGAUUACCAGGAAAGAAUGAACAAGGGAGAACGUCUGAAUCAAGAUCAACUGGAUGCAGUGUCAAAAUACCAGGAAGUGACAAAUAAUCUGGAGUUUGCUAAAGAGCUGCAGAGGAGUUUCAUGGCUCUGAGCCAGGAUAUCCAGAAAACAAUAAAGAAGACAGCUCGCAGGGAGCAGCUGAUGAGAGAAGAAGCUGAGCAGAAGCGUUUGAAGACCGUGCUGGAGCUGCAGUUCAUUUUGGACAAGCUGGGGGAUGACGAAGUGCGCAGCGACCUGAAGCAAGGCACGAGCGGCGUGCCGGUGCUGACGGAGGAGGAGCUGACCAUGCUGGAUGAGUUUUACAAGCUGGUGUACCCCGAGCGAGACAUGAACAUGAGGCUGAACGAGCAGUAUGAGCAAGCAUCAGUUCACCUGUGGGACUUACUGGAAGGGAAGGAAAAACCAGUCUGUGGAACAACCUAUAAAGCGCUGAAGGAGCUCGUGGAACGUAUUCUUCAAACCAGUUACUUUGAUAGCACCCAUAACCAUCAGAAUGGACUGUGUGAGGAAGAAGAGGCAGCACCCACACCUGCAGUAGAAGACACUGUAGCAGAAGCUGAACCUGAUCCAGCAGAAGAAUUUACUGAACCGACCGAAGUUGAAUCAACUGAGUAUGUAAACAGACAAUUCAUGGCAGAGACUCAGUUCAGCAGUAGUGAGAAGGAACAGGUAGAUGAGUGGACAGUUGAAACGGUUGAGGUUGUAAAUUCACUGCAGCAACAGACACAAGCUACAUCUCCUCCAGUUCCUGAACCUCACACGCUCACUACUGUGGCUCAAGCAGAUCCUCUUGUUAGAAGACAGCGAGUACAGGACCUUAUGGCACAGAUGCAGGGCCCCUAUAACUUCAUGCAGGACUCUAUGCUGGAGUUUGAGAACCAGACACUUGAUCCUGCCAUUGUAUCUGCACAGCCCAUGAAUCCAGCACAGAAUUUGGACAUGCCCCAAAUGGUUUGCCCCCCAGUUCAUGCCGAGUCAAGACUUGCCCAGCCUAAUCAAGUUCCUGUGCAACCAGAAGCUACACAGGUUCCCUUGGUUUCUUCUACCAGUGAGGGAUAUACAGCCUCCCAGCCCAUGUAUCAGCCUUCUCACACCACAGAGCAACGGCCACAGAAAGAAUCAAUUGACCAGAUUCAGGCUUCAAUGUCACUGAAUGCAGACCAGACCCCAUCAUCAUCAUCACUUCCCACCGCAUCCCAGCCGCAGGUGUUCCAGGCUGGGGCUAGCAAGCCUUUGCAUAGCAGCGGAAUCAACGUUAAUGCAGCUCCAUUCCAAUCCAUGCAAACAGUGUUCAACAUGAAUGCUCCUGUUCCUCCUGUUAAUGAGCCAGAAACCCUUAAGCAGCAAAAUCAGUACCAGGCCAGUUACAACCAGAGUUUCUCCAAUCAGCCUCACCAAGUAGAACAAUCAGAUCUUCAGCAAGAACAACUCCAGACAGUGGUUGGUACUUACCAUGGUUCCCCGGACCAGAGCCAUCAAGUGGCAGGUAACCACCAGCAGCCUCCCCAGCAGAACACUGGAUUCCCACGCAACAGUCAGCCUUACUACAACAGCCGAGGAGUGUCGCGGGGCGGCUCCCGGGGCGCGCGGGGCUUGAUGAACGGCUACCGGGGACCCGCCAACGGAUUUAGAGGAGGGUAUGAUGGCUACCGUCCUUCCUUUUCCAACACUCCAAACAGUGGCUACACGCAGCCCCAGUUCAGUGCUCCUCGGGAUUACUCCAACUACCAGCGGGAUGGAUAUCAACAGAAUUUCAAACGUGGCUCUGGACAAAGUGGACCUCGGGGAGCUCCUAGAGGUCGCGGAGGGCCCCCAAGACCAAACAGAGGGAUGCCUCAAAUGAAUGCUCAGCAAGUGAAUUAAAGAGCUUCACAGGAUCACAUUAAACGCCAAAAACACACUGGCCAGUGUACUAUACAUGUUACCAGAAGAGUUAUUAUCUAUUUGUUCUCCCUUACAGGAAGUUUGUUGUAAAGGGACUAUUUUCAUUACCCAUAAUGACAGGACUACAGUUGCCAGCUUUACAUUACCUGGAUACCGAAAGGAACGAAACAACGUUUACUCUGCAUGUUCUGUCCUAAGCAUCAUCUUGAGCCUUGCACAUGAGAUUCAGAUUCCUCACCCUUGCUAAGAGUAAAGCAAAACAAAAAAAGAUGAAAGAGAGGGAAAAAAAAA